GGGGGAGGGACCCAAGAGACGAACGAGCGUGUGAUGGUGCAUUUGUCUGUAUUACUGUCGCUGGUUCUGUGAUUUUUUUUUCCAAGUACUGGAGUCUUCAUCUGUUUGCUAAUCAAGACACCGUGGUACUUGUAACAGGGGCAGCCGUGUAGGCUAUCCUUAUUUAGCUGGACCGUGGCGACAGCCGCUGUUGUAUGUAUGCAUGGUGACCGCGUUCGUCCCUAAGCAAGAAUGGAUUUUAUUGCUGUAUCGGAAGGUAGCCUGGCUUUUAAUGUUGGGUUAACAUCUGAUUGAGAAACACUGCCGAAUCACUGUCACUGUUCAAUCUCACCGGGGAUAGGACAGUCUUUCUAUUCAGAGGGCUUAACGCUUUUCCACUACAGUUUGCAAGAGACCAAUCCCGGGUUUGACCAAAAAAAAACCCUCCUUUGAUUUUUUUGUGACUUUCAGGUGGACAAGUGAUUUACUUUGCAUUAUUUGACUUGGUGGGAAAAUGGAGGCUGUUAUAGAGAAGGAAUGCAGUGCGCUCGGGGGUCUCUUCCAGACCAUCAUCUGCGACAUGAAGGGGAGUUAUCCAGUUUGGGAAGAUUUCAUCAACAAAGCUGGAAAACUGCAGUCUCAGCUUCGGACUACAGUGGUCGCUGCAACUGCGUUUUUGGAUGCCUUUCAGAAAGUGGCUGACAUGGCAACUAACACACGGGGUGCUACAAGAGAAAUUGGGUCAACUCUGACAAGGAUGUGUAUGAGACAUAGGAGUAUAGAAUCAAAGCUGCGACAGUUUUCUGCAGCUUUCAUAGACUGCUUAAUAAAUCCACUUCAGGAACAGGUGGAAGAAUGGAAAAAGGCAGCUAAUCAGCUAGAUAAGGACCAUGCAAAAGAAUACAAGAAAGCACGGCAAGAAAUCAAGAAAAAGUCGUCUGAUACAUUAAAACUGCAAAAGAAAGCAAAGAAAGGCAGAGGAGAUGUGCAGCCCCAGCUAGACAGUGCAUUGCAGGAUGUGAAUGAUAAGUACCUGCUAUUAGAAGAAACAGAAAAACAAGCUGUAAGAAAGGCUCUAAUUGAAGAACGUGGUCGUUUCUGCUCCUUUAUUUCUAUGCUGCGGCCAGUUUUGGAAGAAGAAAUUUCUAUGCUUGGAGAAAUUACUCAUUUGCAGACUAUAUCAGAAGAUCUGAAAAACCUUACCAUGGACCCUCAUAAACUGCCAGCUGCAAGUGAACAGGUAAUUCUGGAUUUGAAAGGUUCUGAUUAUAGCUGGACAUAUCAGACACCACCAUCAUCUCCCAGUACGACCAUGUCGCGGAAGUCCAGUGUCUGCAGCAGUCUGAACAGCGUUAACAGUAGUGACUCCAGAUCCAGUGGGUCGCACUCUCAUUCACCUACUUCACACUAUCGCUAUCGCAGCUCCAACCUACCGCAGCAGGCACCUAUGAGAUUAUCCAGUGUGUCAUCUCACGACUCCGGGUUCCUAUCACAGGAUGCCUUCCAGUCAAAGUCUCCUUCACCCAUGCCACCAGAAGCAGUAAAUCAGAAUUCAUCCAGCUCUGCCUCCUCUGAAGCCUCUGAAACCUGCCAGUCAGUGAGUGAAUGCAGCUCUCCCACCUCAGUGAGCUCCGGCUCAACCAUGGGUGCCUGGGCCUCUACAGAUAAGUUAUCAAACGGCUAUGAUCACUUUAGUUUUCCUUGUGACUUUUACCAUGCUUCAGCUGGUGUUGUUAGCCUUUUUCCUCAUUACCUGCCUUCAUCCCGCCCUGGAAUUCGGGCUAGCUCUGCCAUGCUUCCAGAAUAUCCUCAUUAUCACACCAUUGGGCCAGGCUUCCUGCUCUCAUCCAAGAUUCCUACCUGGAAGGACUGGGCAAAACCAGGGCCAUAUGAUCAGCCUACAGUUAAUACUCUGCAACGCCGAAAGGAGAAGCGAGAGUCUGAGCCUGUGGCUACAGCACCACCAGGGCAGCCUGGCCAGCAAGAGGAGGCACAGAAGGCCAAGAGUGUGACAGCUCCCACCACAGCAAAAGGAGAUGAAUCAGAAGCACGGGAGGAGUUGGCAUUAGCUCUUACACGAAGUCUUCAGCUGGAUACGCAGAGAAGCAGCCGAGACUCCCUGCAGUGCUCCAGUGGGUACAGCACACAGACCACUACACCAUGCUGCUCAGAGGACACCAUUCCUUCACAAGUUUCAGAUUAUGACUACUUCUCUGUUAGUGGUGACCAAGAGGUUGAACAGCAGGAAUUUGACAAGUCAUCUACCAUUCCUCGUAACAGUGAUAUAACCCAGUCUUAUCGCAGAAUGUUCCAGACCAAGCGUCCAGCUUCUACUGCAGGAAUUCCAACAAGUACUGGACCAGUCAUAGUUACACCAGGGGUGGCAACCAUCAGACGGACACCUUCUACCAAACCCGUUGUGAGACGAGGAACAAUAGGAGCUGGUCCAAUUCCAAUCAAGACUCCAAUGAUUCCUGUUAAGACACCUACAGUACCAGAUGUAGUUGGAAGUCCUCUAAGCCCCCCAAGCUGUGCUGAGGAAAGUGCAGAGCAAAGCCCUGAAUCUCCAGUGGCAGGUGAUGUGCCACAGGGAGCCUGCAGUGCAUCCACUGCUCAGUGGAGUGGACAAGCAUCUGUAAACCCUCCAGCACCAAGCCAACAGCAGAGUAGCACAGAUGAAGAGAUACCUGUAGCAGUGCUAAGUGUAGCAGAAGAAACUGAAGGUAGUGACUUGAGUGUCAGCACACCCCCAGCUCAGCAGGAUUCUGAAUCUGUAGACACAAGUAGCAGGGAUGCAGGUGAAGGAGAAGACAUGCUGAAUGCAAUUCGCCGUGGAGUGAAGCUGAGGAAGACAGUAACAAAUGACCGAUCUGCACCAUUCAUUUCAUAAACUUAAAAAAAACGUUUGUGAUUAUGGAAAACUGAGGUGCAAAAAAAACUGAUAAUGAGGCCCAUUUGGCCACAUUCAUUCCAAUGUAUAUUGAAACGGGAGAAAGGUGAAAACAUCCCUAAAACAAUCUCAGUGUUGAAAAAAAUUCUGAUGAAAUAGUUGAAAAAGAACAGUGCAUAGUAAAGAGAGACAUGCAUUUUUUUAAGUAAUUGUGUUUUAAUUUGUAAAUAUUUGAAAGAAAUUUGUUUUCUGUAAAUUUUUAUCUGUUGCUUUUUUUUCCUGUAAACCAUAUCUAAAGGUGCCAAACAAUAUAAAACUUUCUAGGAAUCUUUGUACAUUUAAAUGCUCAACCACUGGGAAAAGAGAUGCAUUAAAAGUAGUCCACAGUAAAACAAACCUUUCUUUUAAGUUGAAAGGAGUUUCUGUAUAUAUUUUUUGUAAGCUAAAUCUUUUAGCCUUUCAAACUUAAUUUCAACUAAACUUUAGUAUUGUUUUUUACCAGUCCAGUGGCACCUAUACUUGCUGGGGGAGGGUCCUCACAGGCACAGAUACAUAUGGCAACCAUUUAUUAUUUUAGUUUUUGUUUGCCCCUGGAGGUGAAGGAUUGUAGCUUAAAGGGUUAAGACUAUGACCUAAUGAGCUUCAUUCUUUAGUUUUGGGUUUUAUUAUCCCAGUUUCCACUUUCAUCUUUUGUAAUUGCUAGUGAGUAAUCUUACCAGACAGUGGCUCCUGAAAAGAGGCAGUUUUGCCUAGGGGCCAUACCAUUUUUAGAAGUAAACAAAAAUUCAGGAAACUGCACAGGGUAAUGUCAGCCUGAUGAUUGCCCAUUUUUUGUUACUCACUCAUGCUAUGUGCAGUUUUCCAGAAUUCUGCCAUUAACCUUCAGUUUCCCACCGAGAAUCUUACAGUUGUUGAUGGCGCUAAUUCGUCCACCUUUCAUCUGUGUGCAUUUUCAGGAAUACUGUAUUUUUUUUCUGACUUGCCAUUUGUCCAUUGCAAAUUAGUGGUUAUAUGACAGAAUAGGAGGGAGGGAGAAUUAAAAAGCACAACAUAACACUGGACACUAAAGAUGUUGGUCUGUUUCUUCAGAAAAUGCAGUCUUAAGGCAAACCUUUCAUUAUCUUCAUUUUCUGAAUGAGUCAUACCAGGUUAAGGUGUCUUUGAUUUGGAUUCUGUAACUUUGAUUAUUUUUAAGAUUUGCCCCUAUUUUUUUCAUUCACUAGGUAUGCUGCCUUUUCAAAGUGGACCGUUUUUUUCAGUAUUUUUUUUCUUGAAGUGUUCGCCUCUGCAAAAAAGUUGAUCUUGAUGUAUAUUUUUGUAGAGUGCCAUAGGAUAGUGUUGUCUAGGGAAGUUGAUAAGACGUCUGUUCAUUAUUUGACCUUUUUAAGUAUAAAGUUAUGAGAAGUGGACUGUAUUAGGAAUCAGUGCUUUGAACUGUAGAAGAAAUUGCAACAGGUGGCAGUUAUAAGCAAUACACAAGAAGUAAGAAAUGCUUUUGCAGGAGGUAGCAGUAGUACACUUUGGAGUAGGACAGUGUGCCAUAACGUAGCAAAUGCUGUUGCACAUAAUAGUGACGUAGUAUGUUAAUUUGCUAGCAGCUUCAUGGUAUACAUAACAUCAGAAUAAGCCAUACUGUACCGUGAUGUUUCAGUUUUUUGUUGGCUGUAUGAAAUUUGUGUUGUUUCUAACAUUUCUUCAUUGUAUGGUUAAUGCUUUACUAAUCUUAUGCAUGCAGCCUUAAAUUGUGUAAGCUUUCAGUUAUGCACCCUUUCCCAGCGUCCACCCCCUCCUCUCCAGUAUUGUAUUAUUUUGUGUUGUUGACCCACUUGUGCUAUUUCUGUUUUGAUUUUACUAACACAGCUGGAAUGUGAAUGAAAAAUACAAUUCACAGAACAUAGCCUGGGAUGUGUACAUCAAAUGCCUUGUUGAAAUUUAUUUUAUAUUGCCUAGCAGGCUGGGCACGUUAGAAAAUUGCCAAAAAAAAUGGGAAGAGUAGUUCAAAGACCAAGAAUACAUGAAUACAGUGUUGAAAGCUCUCUGCUUUUCUUCCUUCAGAUUUAUGAGCCAGUAAAAUUAAUGCUGUCUGUGAAACACAGACGAACAGUACUACCAGUAUGAAGGUAAGUAGGGUAGCCGUCAUCAUCCAAAAAAAAAUACCUCGCAAAAAAUGGACACGAACAGACUGGUUAUAUUCAUUAUCAUCAUCUUCAGUGCAAGAAGGUUCAGAAAAUGGUGGGGCUCCAUCUUACAAAAUCUGUUGUUUAGCCACAAAACCGAUAAGCUUAUGGUAAACCAGUUUGCCUGGUGUCUGCAGGUCCUUCUUUUCCUAAGUGCUACCAUUAGCCUCUGUUUAUAGGGAAGUGGAAGUCUGUGAUAGCAAGAGAAUAAACCUGUUGUCUUCACCCAACACAAUUGUUCUCAUUGAGAAUGUGGUAACUGUUAUUGAGGAGACUGUCUUUGACUGAAGAUGUACAGAAAGCCAGUGAAGGGGUGAUCAGAGAAGCAGUUCUAGAUAAAUCAGGUGAUGUACAAGGCAAGUUAAACCUUGAAAAUGACUGUUCAUGUGACGUAUCUUUGAGUUUUCUGAAUUUCUGCAGAACCUGGUGUUGAAAAAGGUCGUUGUCUACCAUAAGUCACUGCUCAGAAGGGUAUCUCUCACAACAGACUGCUUGCAAACUACAUUUUCCCAUUAGUAGGUAGCAGUUGGCCGACAUAUAAAGUUGUAGUGCAUUGCAGUUCAUGGUAACCACCCUGUCAGUUAAAUUUGUUUUGGUGAAUACAAAGUACCUGAUAUCUUUGAUAGAUAUAUGCAAACAGAACUCAUUCCUUUGAAGGCUUGUCCUCCUGAUAGUCUUCUCACAUUACAGCAUUUACAGAUUCAUAAAGAGUCUAAGACAUUUACAUGGGCAUUUUAAUUUGAGAAAAGAAAGUUUUUUGUACUCCUUUAAAGCACAACUUGAAAAAACAGUGGCAGCAUUGUAGAGAUGUCACUGAACAGAAGUGCAGGUCACCAGGGCUUAGGUAUGCUGUCAUAGAAAGCCCUAUUUAAAUAUUGCAAGAGGAAGUCAUUACUGUAAAUGUCCAUCGAGUAGACUGGUGUGCAGGAAUGCACUGUCAGUGUCAUGUGACAGUGAUGUUACAUUGCACUGCUAAAAACAGAGCUGUGGCAACAGAAUACUGCAUUGUGUGCCCUUUUAUUCCGAAAAGUAAGCUCCUAUGCUGAGUAUUCUGUUAACUGACUAGUAGUGCCUGUAGUGUUAUGCUCCGUACUGGGAGUUGUUUAACACAAUGUAGCCGAUGCUAUACGCAGUUGAUGCGCCUUAUUUAGAACAUAGCACGAUUCUUCUCCUGCUAUUUUGUGGAUUAAUGGGUUUAGCAUACAGUAUGCUAAGGAAAACUUGGAGAGCCUCUGAUGGUAAAAGGAUAAAAAGAGCACUCUGCUGAUGUACAGCCUUUUGCAUAUUUAGGUAUUAAUGUUAUAAUCUCAGAGAGUUUUCAUACAAAUUGCCAAAUUUCAGCUAGACAUAAAUACGUUCAUGGAAAAUCAUUUUGCAUAGUUCCAAUGUUUGUGUUUUUAAAUAUUGUAAACCAGUAUAGUGUCUCACUUAAAAAUGGAAAAUAGAAAUGUUUCUAAUGGUAAAUUAUUGUGUUUUAGUUGCUAGUUUGUUCUGAGAGUUGACCUCUCCCCUGUGAAUUUCUGUUUGUUCCUAAGCAAAUGUAAAUAACAAAAAUGUAAGUUUGUGUCUCCCUUUUCUGUGCUAUGAUCGCUUUAGCCUAUAUUAAAAUAAAGAACUGUUGGAGAAAAAGA